UCUAUUCUUGCUCCUGCAUCUCUCUCCUCCUCUAUAGUCUCAAACUACACCGCUGGGAGUUCUCAUAGCUCCUGCUUGUGCAGCACUGAGUGGGCUCUCUACAGUGAUUGUGGGUUGCCGCUGUUCACAUCUCUCUGUAUUGCUGCUAACUUCAGUCUAAAGCAAAGAUCUACUAACCCGGCAACAUCGGUGCUUUGAAGAACAACGUCAACGUUUGAUUCUGCUUUUCAAGAACGAAUGCAUUAAGAUGGAAAAAACUUAAGCCGGGUUUUUCAAGAAGAAUAAAUUAUUUGUAAUAUGGAGAUGUUUGCUCGUGCGUGUGCAAUAAGCGAGCCCGGUGCUGUUGGUCAAUCCCAGUGAUGAGAAUUUGAUGGCUGGUAUCGUGAAUUGCAAAAUGGUUAUGGUUCUAUGAUUUAUUGGUGAGAAUUUGAAAGAGGCAGAGAGGAAGACACGUUUUUUAAACACUCAUGCAGCAUUCUGAGUUGAGGGGAUGGUUGUCCUGAUUUUUGGGAAGUGGAUUUCCUUGGGUUUGUGGAUUAUUUCGUUAGAAAUGAUGCUGGUUCCGUUUCUUUGGUUGUUGUCAAAGACUUUUGCGGCACCUUCACUUACUGCUGAGCAAAUUAACAUGGGGGUGGAUUGGUUGAGUAAAUUUGGCUACCUCCCACCCCCAGACCCGGUCACCGGACAGCUGCAGACUAAGGAGGCCCUGACCAAAGCCAUCAAGGCCAUGCAGAGGUUUGGAGGAGUGGAGGAGACAGGAGAACUAGACGAAGCCACUCUGGUGCUGAUGAAGACACCACGCUGCUCACUGCCUGACCUGAACGAGUCUGAGACAGCAAGGAGAAAACGCACCCUCACCACCCCCUCAAAAUGGAACAAGAGGCACCUUUCAUGGAGGGUGAGGACAUUUCCUAAGGAGUCCCACUUGGGCCAUGACACUAUCCGAGCGCUCAUGUACUACGCUUUGAAAGUCUGGAGUGACAUCACGCCGCUCAACUUCCACGAGGUCGCUGGCAGCGAAGCGGACAUCCAGAUCGACUUCUCCAGGGCGGACCACAACGACGGUUACCCCUUCGACGGGCCAGGGGGCACCGUGGCACAUGCCUUCUUCCCAGGGGACCACCACACUGCCGGGGAAACGCACUUUGAUGAUGACGAGUCCUGGACAUUUCGCUCUUCAGAUGCGCACGGUAUGGACUUGUUUGCCGUGGCGGUGCACGAGUUUGGCCAUGCCAUCGGACUAGCCCACACCUCGGCCAUCGAGUCCGUUAUGAGACCCUACUACCAGGGACCCGUCGGAGACCCCCUCAAAUACGACCUGCCUUAUGAGGACAAAGUCAGGGUCUGGCAGCUAUACGGUGUGAGAGACUCUGUGUCUCACACGGCCCGUCCUGACAUGACAAGGACUGCUGAGCCCCCUGUCCUACCAGACCUCCCUGAAAACAGAUCUACUGUCCCGCCGGCUCGGGACGCCCCAGAUAGAUGCAACACUGAUUUCGACGCUGUGGCUCAGAUACGAGGAGAGGCGUUCUUUUUUAAAGGCAAAUAUUUCUGGAGGCUGACCAGAGAGAAGCACCUGGUGUCUCUCAGGCCAGCGCAGAUCCUUCGCUUCUGGAGAGGCCUGCCGAUCAACCUGGACAGCGUGGACGCCGUCUAUGAAAGGCCGGUCGAUCACAAGAUUGUGUUUUUCAAAGGGGGAAAGUACUGGGUGUUUAAAGACAAUAACGUAGAAGAGGGAUACCCGCGUCCAAUCAGUGACUUCGGCCUACCGUUAGACGGGGUGGAUGCUGCCUUCGUCUGGACGCACAAUGACAAGACCUACUUCUUCAAGGACGGACUCUACUGGAGGUACGACGACCAUGAGCGGCGGAUGGAUACGGGGUACCCGAAAGACGUCGUGCUUUGGAAAGGAGUCCCAGCUCUCCUUGAUGAUGCCAUGCGAUGGUUAGAUGGAGCCUCCUAUUUCUUCAAGGGGAAGGAGUACUGGCGGGUGGAGGACAAUGAGAUCGAGGUGGAGGCUGGGUACCCACGCUCGAUCGGCAGGGACUGGCUGGUGUGCACUGAGAUGCAGUCGGACUCCCCAGCCACACACACUAACGAGACGCGGUCGAGGCAGGGGCAGAGGCAGCACCACGAGAGCCGCUCGGAGAACGGGUAUGAGGUGUGCUCCUGCACCUCAGCCUCCAAAAGCUCUGCCCCGGCACGGACCCUGCCCCUCCUGCUGGCUGUGCUAGAACUCUGCAUAUGGACCCUCACAGCGGCCCGGCCAGCGCCGGUAUGAUGGGCAGACAUGGACCAAAUGAAAUAGACACCAUGGACUAGAAAACAAAAAAAGCGUGCCAUUAAAAAGAAGAAACAGCCAGUGACAAUACACAGCUUGCACUGUUUUCAGUACAUCUCUACAUGAUUCUUUGUUGAUCUAUACCCUUUGAUUGAUUUUGAUCCCCUUACCAGUUAAUGAACAAGUGCAUUUGCUCAUUAUUAUAUAAAAAAAAAGCUUUUAUUCAUAAUGAAUGGAUCUGAGCUGCCUCAUUUAGUCACCAUACUAAAUGUGAGUAGUUUACAAAUUCAUUUUUUACACUAUAACAUAUUUAAGCAUGUAUAAAUAAUUUGCCAAAUAUCUCUUGUAUAAUUUCUGUUGUCUUAAUAUCUUAUUAAGCUGGCAAUAUGAAGUGUAUGAUUUAUGUCAUGAAUUUAUUUUAGCUAAACUCAGCAGCACCCUCCAUUCAUUAUCACUAGUAGGCUAAGUUGUGAUUAGCAUAAGAACAUAUUUGACAGCCCUUAAGUUAUAUUAUCAAUAAUAGGCAACUUGCUGUCUAUUACAAACAACUGGCAGUUCAUUAAAACCCAUGAUUUGUAUCGGUUGUUCUGCUGACACGUGAAAAGGACAUUUGUUGGUGUCUCGGUUGCACCCUGGACCUGUUUCUGACUUGACGCAGAGUACAGAUACGGUCUUAUUGCAGUACGAUAUUAAGAGUGCAAGAUCAUAAACAAUGCAAUAAACAUGUGACGCUUCACUUUGUGAAUGGCAAUUAAGGGCUGACAGAUGAACAGCUUCUGUAAGUAAGUAAAACACAUUCUUAUGUCUUGAGCUGUGUCAUGAACUCAUCCAAUUGUGAUGAAGCUUGGUGUGGUCAUUCUUUUCAGCAGAAUCUGGAUUCUGACUGCUGGAGGCAAUACAGAACCAUUCCCCAAAUGCUAUGUAUAGUAAACCUUGUAAAAAAAUACAGGCUAAAUGAAGUGGUUUUAGUAGCAGCACUUACAGUAUUGUAGAUUGAGGGACACCGAUCACUUCUUUUGCUGCUUGCUAUAUUGUUCAGAUUUUAGACUGCCAAUUUAGGCACGUUUACAGAUUUAUCAUUCCUAAUCUGAAUAGAUAGAUGAACGCAAUCAUCUACCAGUCAUUCAGUGCUGUCAGAUAAUGAUUCAGUGCUAUCUUGAAAUAACCAGUAUACCAUACAAGCAAAAGCAUAAAAGGGUUUAGUUGAUCAUCUCGAACCUGGUUGGAUGAAAAGUCGCCUACGCCUACCAGUACUGGGCAUACCGGCACUCCGACAGUGCACUAGAAGAACGGCAGUUUGAGAUCUGGUGAACAGAACUCUUCCAGCAGGUACAAUUAGUAUCUUGGCUUGGAUGCAGCUCACAGUAGCAGGCACAGCUCUGGGAAUUUGACUGUGACCGUUGGAGGAGAAUACAGACCUCAAUAAGCAACUUGGUUAUACUGGCUAACUUAUUAUGAGUUAGCCCAAUUUCACUAAGAAUCAGAGUUUUUAUUUUGGGUUGGGGAAGGUGUAUAUAUACUUGCUACAUUAUCCAUGGAGCACCAAGGCACCUGCUUACCACUGAAAAAAGAUGAUGUGAAGAAUGCUUGUCCAGGAAUGGGGGGGGGGGGUUAAUCAUUUGAUAGAUCAGUAGUCAGACAUCCCGAGGUUUCCUAGUUACCUUUAAAUCCAUCUUGAAAGAAGAGCAUUGUUAGUGCAAGGAGAGGGACACAAGACUUGUACUUAAUUACAUUUGUAGAUGAUUGUCUCCUAGCAAAGUGCAACAUCACAUGCUUUUAGAUUUGGACCUGCCUGCAGCAGACAGUGGACCUAUUCCAGAAAAGUGGAGCUCUCAGCUAUCUGCUCCACGUGGAAAAGUACCAAGUAAAAACCAAAAGAGGCUGGACCGGACCAGAUGAAUGUUAGGACCUGACACUGAAAGUCAAGCAGACUUCAAACAGCCUGGAAUUUACCAGACUCAAAAGAGCUUGUGCAGAAAUAGAUUAACAUUAUGAAGACACAAAGUGGGAUUGGCUGAAAGUUGACUGAUGACCUAAAUGGGCACUUCCCACAGGAAAAGCAUGCAACUAAAACCUAACAUACAAUAUUGGGAGGCUUUGAGCAGCACAAGUUUCAAAAGGGAAUGAAGGAUUACCUUGGUCCAUUCAGGUCAGACCCUGAUGGGUCAGGGUCCAUUUGAGUUGGUUAUUCUGCAGUCCAGAUGCCCUUUUAAUUAAGUUCAGGUCUGUUUGUACAGGUAAGUUUCCAACUGCCCUAGCACCAGUUUUCAAACAGGAGCAUGCCAACUCCCAUAAAGUAAUAAUGAAAUGGUCCUAAAUAAUACUAGACUGUCCCUUUCCUAUUGAAAAUUAAUUGCCAAAUACAAUAUCAACCAAAAUGACAGAGCCUAUGAAUCGACCCUCAAGCAUCGCUGCUGGUUCAUUGCUGUCACUCAAUACUGCAGUCAUACAAAAUCACUAAAACUAUAUUAUAUCUGAAGGUAUGGCAAUAUAAUUAGCAUUUACCGGGAUAUUGAACAGCAGGGUGAGGGUUCUAGGUCUCAAAACUGCUUUCUUUCUUUGCAAAGACAUGUGUUGCUGAUAUCAUUCUACUUAACAUGUUUCUCUGCAUGUAGGGGUUAAAACAUUUUGGUAACAGCCCAGCGGUAAAGGAUUAACAGUUGUUAAAAAGCAUUCUCAACUUAUGCUGUAAUAUUUUGUUUAAAUGAACCUAGCCAUUACCCUAGCCCUAACACUUAUCAAUGGGUGUUACUGCGAAACAGAGUUAAUUACAGGUUAUUAGUAAGAUAAUUCCUACAUUACAUGAACUGACAUUUUCAGUGAAGGGUGAGGUCCACACCUCUCAAGCAGAUACCCUCUUUUGUGGUGUAUUAACUCAGCAGUCUGCUUGUAUAAUGUAUGCAAAAUACCAUCUACUGGUCUUUAGUAGAGGACGCCUAGAGACAGGGACCUGCAGCCUUGUGAUUUCAGUACAGCCUUUAGCCUGGAUUUGCAUGGGUUUUUCAGAGGAACACAUUUUCUGAGCCAGGAGCAAUUGCAGGGCAAAGAGGCAGCAUGGAUCUUCAAAUUGUACUUUGCCUGCUAGUCCUUCCAUCCUAAUAGAGCUGCAGCAACAAAGUGAAAUACUGUACCUGGAAUAUAGAAAUUCAAGUAGCCUGACCUGGCCUUUUAACCCUUUCUCCCACUCUCUCACAUUCCCAUAAUAAGCUUAACUGUACCUUACUUUUGAAAAUAUUACAAGUGAGUGUAGUACAUCGAAUUCCCUUAACUAGAGCUUCAAUAUGUGUCUUCUAGGGAUUUUUCUCUUAUUAUUUAUAUGUAGAUUUGCCUCCAAAUGUACCACUACUAUAUAAUGUAUACUGCCUUAAAAAGGAGUGCAGACUACUAUUCUCAUAUACUAUGUAUAGGGCUUCUGUUUUUUCAAAGGAAAAAAGUGAGCUGUUAUGUUUUGAAUGCCCAGCAGGUGGCGUCGGUAUCAAUACAUGCAUGGUUAGUUCUUGGUGGAAAUAAGAAGCAAGUUAUUCAGUCAAGUGAAGCUUUAAAAGGUCCUGGGUUUAUCUCCAAGAUCAGCAGGGUGGUACAAUAUUAAACAACCUCUUCACACAAGUGAUUUGCCUGCUGGAUACUGGUAAUGUUUUCAAAGAGGUUAGACCCCACUUAAUGGGGCAACACAGCACCCCUACAUAUCUUGGGGGGGUUCAGUAAUACAUAGGUCUGAACUGUGCGUACGGUAACUACCUUAAGCUACUGUUCUAAUACUUAUUCAGACACCCUCAAUUUUCCAGUUCAGGACGGCCCUGCUGCUCUCCCUUUGCAAUGAAUAACUUUUUCUGGCAUUUGUUCUGAAGAGCAUCGCAUCGGGCCUAAUGUUUUCCUCAUUAAAGUCUGUUUCUUCGUAAGGGACCAGCCCCGCUGCCUGCCUCUGAGACUUCAAACUCACUGCCUUGGGGAGAUUUCAAACCCAGAAAAGAGCGGCCGCCCACUGAAGCUGCCUGGAUUCAGGUCACGUUCGUACUGUGCAGCUGUCACAGAACAAGGAUCUUCAUUCGCUUGGAGAUGGUGCUGGAUUUAGGACCAAGAGUCAAAGUCCAGCAAAUUAAAACAAUGCAUCAACUCGCUGAGCCUCAUUGCCACCAACUUGAUUAUUUCAAAAGCAAUGAAACAGAGACACUUCUGACAAUACCUUGACAACACUGCCAUGGCAUUUACCAUCCUGACUGCGAUGGAUUGAGUUAGCCUCGAUUCAGACACAUCCAGGGACUGAGCUUAUCCUUUUAAGGAUCACUCAGUCAACUGCUACCUGAAAAAGCUGAAAUAAAUGGAUAAAACCAGUCUGUUUAUUCAUAGUCACCUGUGAGGCAACAAAGGGUUUAUUUUUUUUACAAGUAUUAUUUUGCUAAAGAUGCAAAGACAAGAAGCUGUCUGCUUUUUUAGAGUCGUUCCAGUGUAACAUUUGUAUGUCCGCAACAGUGUACCUAAAUUUACCAAUGGGAGCAGAAGGGUUACAAUGGUAUGAGGCAUUGUAUGAACCAAAUACACACUAGUGAUCCAUUACAGUGCAAUGGCAGUGUAUCAGGUGCAGUAUUUGUUCUGAAUGGUAAUGUUCAGACCUGGAGGUGUUUCUGCUUAGUGACUCUGGGAUUAGAACGGUAUCGCAAUGGGAUUUCUCCUCUAAAGGUACUGCUGCACGAUUUGAAAAAAAUAAAAGUCUGUACUUGAUUGCAAGUGAUUCAGCAGUAUACCGUUAUUGACACACAUUUACGCAGUGCAAUUACCCUUUAGUUUAAGUGCUAUUUUCAUGUAGCUUUGCUCAGUUUGGGCACAUCUCCUUAUGGAAGUUUUCCAUGGAAACCUGUACCAAUCUGUAAGGAGAUCUUAUGGGAAUAAUUGUAGUGAAGUCGGGUCCAUGAAUGUCUGAAGCUAGCACUGGUUUUUCCUCUUGUUAUACUGGUUCAAUAAAGUCUUGGUAUAUUUUAUUAGACUUCCUGUGGUGCACAGUCACUCUGAUGCUAACAGAAAUCGCUAUUUAAACAGCUAUUUUUUCUAUUUUUAUGCAUCAUUAAAGGAGUGUUGAUCAAAGCUUUCAAAUCUAUUCAUUACUUAUUAUCUUUGCCCAACUAUGCCCAGCUUCUCAUUUAUAGAGUUGUCUUUGAAAUACCUUAAUCCAAAUUGAAGUACAAUAUCUUCCACAGAAGAAAAAGAGAACCAGUGAUAAUAUUGCUUGUGCUAAUAAGAGAUAAGAAAAUGUUUUUUGCAACCUUGGUUACUUGGCAUAAAAUUAAAAAAUGAAUUCAGAACACAA